UUCAAUUUAUCUAUUGACUAAUAAUUAAUUAAUUUCUAAAAAAUCAGAUUAAAUCUAAAGAUGAGUCAUAAGUUAACCAAUUUUUCGAAAUUGAUAGUUUUUAUCGCCUGCUUUAGCCUUUUUGCUUCUGUUGCUAGCAGUCGCUUUUUCAACUAUUUUAAUUAACUCCCUGAUAUCAACCAUAAUCCUGUUAUUGGUAUUUAUGCUUAGCCCUCUUGGUGGGAUCAGUAUCCAAGAGAAUACUUUUAGUAUGUUUUAAAUGCCAACAUCGAUUGGGUUUAAAUGUCUGGUGCUUAGACAGUGAUCAUACCAUUUGAUGAAACUUAAGAAUACUAUGAUGAUUUAUUCAGCAAAAUAAACGGUGUUCUUUUCACAGGUGGUGACUAUGAUAUUAACAUAAAUAAUCCUAUUGAUGAAUUUUAACCCAAAACUGGUAAAAAUUAAUGGACUUAAAAUGCUAAUUAUUUGGUUAAGAAGGCAAUUGAAGCUAACAAUAAGGGAGACCACUUCCCAGUUUGGGGCAUAUGUCAAGGAUUUUAACUUUUGCAUUAUAUUGUCAGCGGUUUUAAUUACACAAUCCUUAACCAUAUUACUAACGAUUUUAACUAUACUAGAAAUGCUAACUUAUAGCAUUUAAGCUCAGCUAAUCUCUUUCGUGAUUUUAAUAAUGAUUGGAUUGAUUACUCAGAGACUUAAACUCCUUUCUUAUAUUUACAUGAGCUAGGUAUUACACAAAAAGAUUAUGAAUACAAUCCAUCAUUGAAAGAGUUCUUUUAAAUACUUGGAGUUUCUGCAAAUUCAACAAAUAUUGAUGCCAAAGAUGCAUUCUAGUAUGUUUCUAUUGUAGAAGCAAAGAAAUAUCCUAUAGGAGGUGUUUAAUUCCAUCCUGAGUACACCAUAUUUUAAUGGGGAUUUAAUUCAAACCGCGAAUAGAAAUCACUUGAUAUAGCUAGUUACUUUUCACACUACUUUAUUUCUCUAGCUAGAAAAAAUAACCAUACAUUUACUUCUACUUAAGAACGUAAUAGCUAUUUAUCCUUCAACUAUCCAAGUGCUCACAUUUAAGGAGAACUCUUUGAUUUAAUUACUUUUAUUCCAAGAAAAGUUAAUAAAGCUUGA